CGGGCGCGGCCAUGUUUGACAGAACAGCUGUUAGGGCUUGCGUGCUCUUGGUUGUUUUUAUUACAAUACAAUGACAAAAAUGUUUCCUAGCAUAGUUUUUCAGUGUAAAUAGUAUUUACUCUGUGAGAAAUAGUGCUGAGAAUACGUGCGAUGUUAAGAAUUGCAUUUGGAAUGAGUUAACGGCAGUCUAGAGUCAUGGCUUGUGGAGUGCAGAAUUACGACGAUAUUCCCGUUCUCACUGAAGACGAAGACUUUCAAGCGAAAUGGAGCAAGUUCUCGGAUUGGUUGCAUUGUAUUUGUGUGGUUACAUUCGACCUGGAGCUGGGACAGGCGAUGGAGAGUGUGUAUCCACCAGGAGUUAAGUUGUCAGACCAAGAGAAGUGUAAUAUCUGUUAUCUAGCAUUCCCAGACUCUAAUUCGGGAUGCAUGGGGGACACGCAGUUCCACGUGCGGCUGCGGUCACGUACUCCGUUAUCGAAUCAACAACUUAUUUACAACGAAGACGCUGUUUCAACACUACGAGCGGACUCCACGCACUACUGGGGCUUCGUAUACUUCCGUCAGGUCAAGGACCCGUCUCUCCCUCGAGGCUAUUUCCAGAAAAGUAUAAUCUUACUUACAAGGCUUCCAUUUAUUAACCUUUUCUACAAAGUCAUUCAGUUGAUAGCACCAAAGCACUUUGAAGAAGGAGAGAGUAGUCUAGAAGCUGCUUGUCAUGAUAUAAACAGAUGGCCAAGGUUAGAUGCUGGCCAGAAUGUGUUGUUGCCAGUCUUAGGCUCAGUGUUCCAGUCUUAUAUCCCUAACCAUCAGACUGGUAAGAUAACCCGUUCAGACAUUGCUAAACAUGUACACUCGCCUAAUGUACCACAUAUAUUGGCAUCACUGCAGGAUGUUAAUGUGUUUGAUGCAUUGUCCAGUUUGAUAUCGCAUUUACAUUUGUUAUGGGAACUAGUUUUGACAGCAGAACCCAUUGUUGUAAUGGCCAGCUCACCAACAGAAUGUUCUGCUUUAGUUCAAGCUCUGACGUAUUUGAUACAGCCACUUCCAUACUCUGCUGAAUAUAGACCAUAUUUCACAAUACAUGAUAGUGAGUUCAAAGAGUUCACUAGAAAGCAAUACAACCCACCUUGUGUAAUUCUUGGUGUGACUAAUCCAUUUUUCACAAAAACAUUACAACAUUGGCCACAUACAAUCAAACUGGGUGAUUCAGCUUCAAUUAAAACCAAACUAAGAAAAGUUGGCAAUUUAAAAUUGUUAGACACAGCACCUGGAGUCUAUACUCAGUAUAAGCCAUUUUUAGAAAAGGACAAAACAAUUAUUAAGAAAUUACACAAUGGAAUAAGAACAGAGCGUCCCUCUGAAGUUCAGACAGCAAUGGUUAAACGUCACUUGCUAGAGUUGACUCAAAGUUUCAUGAUCCCUUUGGAGAGGUAUAUGGCAUCGUUGAUGCCAUUACAAAAGAACAUUUCGCCGUUCCGUGCGCCUCCUGUGCCAAAUCCAUUCAACCCUGAAGACUUCUUUGCAACUCUUCAACAGUCAGGGCCCCAACUUACUACUGGAAUCAAGGGCGACUGGAUAGGGUUGUACAGGAACUUCUUCAGGACACCAAACUUCAGUGCAUGGUUUCAUCAAAGACAUAGCAAUUUAACGAACAAACUUCAUGCAUUACAACUUGAAGCUUUAGCUGAAAGUGAUUUAAAGAAAUGGUCCAUUGGAAAGAAAGAAGUUGAGAUAGUUGAUAUGGUGCUCAAGCUCCGCGAAGUGCUAAAGAGCAAUCCUCCUGUAGCUGAUAAUACUAGGACUUUGUUAGCUAGACGUUUGGAAGAUCUGAAUUGUGUGUUGCCAGAAGACAUGAAGCUGAUAUUAAACGCAGCCUCGUGACGAACGCACUGCUGCGCCUCAAGGGGUUGCAGCGAUGACUGCAAAAUUCAAGUUAGAUAUAAUUGUAGAUCUAUUGCAUGUGUCUAGAAUAAAUGGCCAAAUUAAAGUGAGUUAAGUAGGCAAUGCCAAUAUCAUUCAUUAUGUUUGAAGUACUGAUACAUUUUCGGUACUACUACACAAAGAUCAUUCCUUUUAAAUUUGGUGUAUAAAAAUCUGUUUGUACUGAUAAAAUAACUUACGUUAAUGUUUGUUUGCCUAAAUAUAAUAUUUUAUCUUUUUUAGAGGGAAUGACUGCUGCUACAAAGAAUAAAAUUAAUACUCCUUGAUCGAAUUAAAAAUGUUACUGCUAGAUAAUUUAGAUAGUCGAUAUAUUGGUUAAUUCUAACUAUAUUGAUUCAUUCAUUAAGUUUUCAUUACUUUGUCAUCAUUGUCACUAAUUACCAAUCCAUCAGUUAACAUUAAGAGCAUAAUAAUAAAAUAGAAAUAAUAAAUAACGACAUAAAUAAGCUACCUGUAGGUAAAUUACAUAGGCACUUACUCAGUUAUUAUGUAAUCUAUUAAAUAGGUAGCUAUGAUAUUUUAGCAUAAUUUUAAUUAGGUAUGAAAUGAUUGUGUAAAGUUAAAGAGAUGGAAAUGUUAAUGUAAAAUUAUUUUUAUAUCUUAUGAAUUUAUUUUACAUACAAAAGUAUGUAGAAUCUCGACAGUCAAUUCAGCAUUUUACUGUCUUCUUCAUAAAGUAAUAAAAACUGUAACUCAUCUUGAACAUAUAAUUUUGUUAUAUUAUCCACAAAACUGUUAUAUCUAAUGCUUUCCUGCAAUUAAUCCAUCCACUUAUCACUCGAUGUAAUCUAAUUAUAAAUUAUAUGUUAAGUGUUUAUUACAUAAAUGACUUUAGUGAUAUGAAAUGUUAGAUUACAAUAACCUAUACAGACAGUAGUUAGGGCAAUAUAAUUGUUAAGUCUGUGUUGUUUGAUGAAAGUUUAUUUUUCUUAUGAUUUUUAUAAAGAUAAUUAUUUUAGCUGUGACCUUGUCAUUUGAAUAUGAGAACUGUUUGCUGUAGAUAAUUAUAUUUUUGCUGUUUAUCAUGUUUUACUUGAAUGGAUUUUGCUCAAUUUCACAAAAUAAUGCUGUAUCUUUUUCAAUUUGUUACAUCAUAUAACCAACACUACAUUAUGCCUUCCUUUGUACAAAUCGUAUUGAAUGAUGUCCAAUGUUUUUACUAGUAAGUCCUAAUUUUAUUUGUGUUGUGAAACUUGUGAAUAAAGAGCAUUGUACAAAUAUUUAGUAUACUGUAUGUAAUGUAACUGAAAUAAAAUAAACACUAUAAUUUUUCAAACAA